GAAUUUUAAAAAGUUAACGAAUAAAAGUUGUGGUCAUUUCUAAUUUAAUUUAGCUUUCCACGCAAUUUUCUCAUGUUUCUCCGCCCAAAGCCCCAAUAAAAGUUAUGCAGCUAUAGUAGCUUCCCUCGUAGCUGCUUCUGAGCAUGGCUACUCAUAGCAAUUUCAAGAAUGCCUUCAUUGCUUUUCUUGUUCCACUUCCCUCUUUCCUCUUCUACUUAUCUUUCCUUCACCAUUACCAUGAACAUCACCCACUCUACAAUUGGUGCUACCAUCACCCUCUUUUAUUUGCUAAUCUCUUGUUUUUCCUCAAUGUCAAUCUCCUCUUUUGGGUCAUUGGUCUUCUGCAAUCUAAUCACUGGAUGAUAGAUUUGUACUGGACUGUGAUUCCAAUAAUGCUAGUGCAUUUCUAUGCAAAUCAUCCGAUGGCACAGUAUAACGUGUGGAGGUCCAGUGUGGUUAUACUUUUAACUUGGAUUUGGAGUAUAAGACUUACUCAUAACUACUUCCGGCGUGAGAAUUGGCAAUGGGGACAUAGGCAAGAUUGGAGAUUUACAGAUAUCAGCCACCAAUUCCCCAAGAACUGGUGGUGGAUCUCUUUCUUUGUUGUUUAUGUCUCUCAGCAGGUUUUUCUGAUGGGUAUAUGCCUGCCUAUGUAUGUUGUCCAUUCUGAAGACAAGCCAUGGAAUAUCUGGGAUUCCAUUGCCGUAUUCAUCUGCUUCUCGGCCAUAAUAAUUGCGUAUUAUGCAGACACACAGCUCUACAAUUUUGUGAGCAGAAAUCAGAAACUAAAAGAGCUUGGCGAGCCCAUGGUUCCGAAUCUUGAUGAAGGCCUCUGGAGGUAUUCACGACAUCCAAACUAUUUUGGGGAGCAGUUAUGGUGGUGGGGACUCGUCCUAUUUGCCUGGAACUUGGGUCAGGCUUGGACUUUUGGCGGUGCACUCGUUAAUAGCAUGUGUCUUGCACAUGUCACUGUGCUUGUUGAGAAUAAGAUGCUUAAACCAGCCUACAGAGCUGAAGCAUACAAGCUCUACCAGAGGACAACAUCUGUGUGGAUACCAUGGUUCAAGUCAUCUGCAAAAGGAAAAGAUAAGGAAACUUGAGUCUAUUUUUUGAUCUGUUUGGCGUCUUCCUUUAUAAAUGUCCACGACGAUAACUAUUGAAUAAAUAAUCUACUAAUGUGCUUUUUAA